AUGUACGCAGCCUACCAGACACAGACAACCACGGGGACGGGAACGACUGGGGACAAAUACUACGUCAUGAAACGAGGAUGCGGUUCACCGAAUCCCUCUCAAUCCUUUGUCUAUAGGAGAGAAGGCGGGCUUGCCGCAACAGCCGUGUGCAGCGGUACAAAAGCUUUCCUAGGUAUCAAUACCACUGUUUGGUGCCUUUCCCCAUCCUCCACAUGGGCGCCAGCGCCUGGAAAGUGUGUUAGCACAAAUCCUCUACGCGUCAGUGGAACGUAUAUACAUGCUUUGGAUUCUGGAUUGUCUUUUGUGGGGACGCCAACAGGAAACGUGUUUCGCAUUUACUUCGUCACUGCAAAUGAAGACUAUUCACUGAUGAUUAAAGUAAUAAUUGACCAGCUGACUGUGGAGAGGAAUAGUCGUGUUUCCUCAACCUGGCAGGGAAAAGAGUCUGACUUGGUGUCCACUUUCCCGUUUGAAAUUGCAAAGGAGUUUACGAUGGAUAUAUUUUCAGCUGCUACAGAAUUCCAGUGCAUGGUGAAUGGUGCGAUGUUGUUUACCUUUCAACAUCGUCUCCCGAGAGACAGCGUGGACCUUGUAAAGAUAUUUUCCGGAGCAAACAUUGAACAGGUUUUGUUAAUUUGAACAUUCGAUAACUGUUAUGUGUUCUUCUGUGUAGGUACAAAGACUUUAGACAUAGAAAAAAAUCCUUUGUUAUGAGAACUGUUCUAGUCUCGGAUCCACAUAAUUAUAUUGUUUAUGUCACAAUAUCUGCCAUCACACAUGUAUGCUGCCGGUUGUUUGUAAUGGCACAUCAGCAUCAUUAGCGUGUUUACUUUAAGCCUCCCCGGAAGUGCUUUAGGAUUGAAUUGAUAAUCACUCAAUGUGUCUCACCAAAUACACAGGAUUGAUACUUAGUCCCUUUUGUUCUGUGAAUUGUUCUAUUCACGGAUCUAUGCUUUUGGUCACAACAUAUACCAACACACAUUUAUGGUGCCUAUUGUUUGUAAUGAAAUAAUGACAAAUGUUUACUUGACUUCUUCUUUUGAACUGUUUGAUGGAUUGAGUUGAUGAUCACUGAAUAUAUGGCAGACUAUAAGAGUACGAUUUUGAGCAGGAAUAAUGUAUAAUGCCCGUUUAAUGCUGCCUCAGUGGCAACUCACAACCUAAACAAAUCCCAAACAAUUCAAAUUCUACAGUCAUUCAAAGGGUAAAUUUGCAGAAAAGGUGAUUAUUAAUCACACACAUCUCACAGUAUCAGAGACCAGGCGUCUAAUAGGGUCCCUGCUUCUAUUCCUUUGACAGAGUGUAUGAUAAAAGGUCGGCGUGUAUUGGAUGUCCGACGUAAUAGAGAAAAUACGGUUAUUAUUUUGAAAAAUAGUGAGAAACCCCAAAGCCUCGACAAAUUUUUUGGACAGCUAAGUUUUUGAAUGACAGGUAGUCUCAUUAUCGGCAAUAUUGUUUGACGGUGAUAUUUAAAUAGUAAAUAGAGCCUGACAACCCGAUCCAUUUCAUCGCAUAAUCAGCAAUAAUAUUUGAGGGCAUUGGGUUCCUUCCGUCUUCUCUUCAUUACAGUGAGGUAAUGCCUUACAAAACAUCUAUAAA